AUGCCAGCGGUAGGAGGAAUGGGCAGAGUUGCAGGUGGUAAUGACAAAGGCAGACUCACAAGUGGCCAGUGUUUCAACUCUUUUGUCUGUAUCCGCGGUCUCCUCCGUGCUCCCAACUUUCGGCGUUGUCUUUUCUACGGUGAAGUGGCAAAGAGUGCUUGCAAGCAGUUCGUGUUGGCACGACUGUCAAAGCAGGGAGGCGAGCCGUUCAAAGUGGAGGUAGAGUGGACCAUCUUCUGCUCCGCCUUCCCUUCGCCACUCAAGAUCACCACUAUUCCCUCCUCCCACCAUUCACCAAGCCUGCAAGCAAGCGAGCACUGUUGGCAGUGUAGACGAUACUCUGGAGUUACUCUGGGCAAAGUCUCCUCGGUGGUCGUGGCAAGGGCUGGUGGGGGAAGGGAGGCGCAUGCAUGCAUUUACACCAUCCGCGUUUUCCACUCGGUGCCUCUUUCUUACCUCUACCACCUGUCGCUCGGUGCGUGUGAAAUUGUCGUAAACAGACGGUGA